AUGGUAUAUUUCGAGGAUUCGGAAAGACGGCAAAGAAAGAUCCCUGCUUACAGGAUCAUGCAGGUAAGGCGGAUGAGAAAACUGAAGGACAUGACUAAUAAAGUUUGGCCUAAGGUGUAUCGCCAUGAAAGUGAGAGUGAUGAUGAUGAGCGCGGCAAGUCUCAUACCAAAGCGAGCCUUCUUCGAAUCAUACUUUCUUUGAAAAAUAAGUAUCAUGUGAGUACCAUUACAGGAUAUAAUCCGGUAAGGGAUAAGAUUCUUGAACCAAAUCUCUCAAAGAAAUCAUUGGAUCGACUCAAAGUUGCUAUAGAGAAGCGAAGAGUGCUAGAUGAGAUACAUUUACCGUCUAUCCGAGAAGACAAGCUGCUUCAAGAUGUGUUAUGUGAAAUGAAAUCUAGCAGAACUAGUGGUUUUGAAAGCACCAACAGAGUGUAUGUUGCAGGUAAUAGCAAAUAUGUUACAAAUGAAAUGGAUCUACAAAAGAUGGAUCUCAGUUCAUAUGAGGGUACAGUUUGCCAAAUCAUUAAGAAUGCUGAGAGAGAAUCCAAUUCAGCGGAAAGUCAUCAGACCGAAUUCUAUUCAGAGAUGAAUUCCCUUCACGGUCAUCAGUUCAAAGAUAUUCGAGAGGAAUCCCAGAGAUUUGAUCUUCUGAGUAUGCUUGAGGAUACACAAGCCAAUCUAUCAGGCUAUACUCAAGUUGAAGAAGAUGACACUUUUGAAGGACUUAAAUAUGCGGAUUUUGCUAAAAUAAGGAACUUCGAUCCUUCGAAAUCUGUUUAG